AUGUCAUAUUUCAAGCUCCUUCGACCUGCCACUGCGGCUGCAGGCAGACUAGCAGGCAGCUCGACAAGAAGCAGCGGUUACAUGUCCAGACAGACACAGACACAUGCACAGGGAGUGCGACACCAUUCCUCAUCCGUAUCUGCCAAUGAACUAUCACAUUUCUCCGGACUCGCCAACAGCUGGUGGGAUCCCAUGGGCCCAUCACGAGUCCUUCAUCUCAUGAACCCUACUCGACACGAUUUCAUCGCAUCUUGCAUUUCAGAAUCCGAGCCACAAACGACAGGCCGUAGUCGUCCGGGUCUACGAUAUCUCGACGUAGGCUGUGGAGGCGGCAUAUUUGCCGAAUCACUUGCUCGAACACUUCCAUCAAGCAAAUCUGCAUCGGCGGGAUUACAUCCACGCACAAAAGCCAGGUCAAUCGUCGCCAUUGACCCUUCUACCAGUCUCAUCAAGAUCGCUCGUGAUCACGCCAGCAAUGAUCCAGCGGUGUUUGAGCAUUUACAGAGCGGUGCAUUCAGUUACGAGAAUACCACGAUUGAAUCGCUGUCCCAAUCCCACGGCGAUAAGUUAUUCGAUGUCAUCACCCUCUUCGAGGUGAUUGAGCAUGUGGACCCUCACACAUCCUCCUCCUUCCUGACGCACUGCCUUAAACUCCUCCAGCCGGGCGGAUGGCUAAUCGGCUCGACUAUUGCACGCACAAUCCCAUCUUUCAUAGUCAAUAAAAUGGUGGCCGAAGCGCCCUGGCCAAUCGGCGUGGUGCCCUGGGGUACCCAUGAAUGGAGCAAAUUCGUGAAUGCAGGUGAGCUUCGUGGAUGGGUUGAGGAAGGUCUGAUGCGGGCAGCGGAUGGAGCUGCGUAUCGGGCGGGUGGUGAGGCGUUGGUGGGGAUGAAGUGGAAGGUUGCUGGGGUUGUGUAUGUGCCUGGGUUGGGGUGGAAGAUGGUGAAUGGAGGGGAGGACUGGGGGAAUUACUUUUGGGCUGUUCAGAAGGGUGUAUGA